ACUCUACAAAGUUCAGCUUCCUUCUCCUUAGAUCAGGAAUGAAAAUGGUUAACUGUUUGCAAACUAUACAGAAAGUGAAAGCAAGAUAUAAAUAGACAUCCUGGGGAAGGGCUUUUCUUUGCAACUUUUACUUGUUCUUCUCGUUACUUUACAAGUAUGUAGCAUGAUGGGAGUUGUAGUUUUCCAGUCUAGGCUGUAGAAGAUUACAUCAUUAGGUGUGUGACACACGGAAGAGGGCGUGCAUACCUGGCUCACGGGCCUAGUGUGAAGCUGAAUGAAUGUGCUGCCUCGGCCUCGCUGAGGUGUCGUCCCGUCGUUGCAGAAGAUGGGAUUGAAAACGUGGAUGGUUCUGCUUUGGAUCCUUCUUUUUGUUAAAGGUGUGUCCUUUGCGGAUAACUGUAGCGGACAUAAGAAUAUCAUGGUUUAUCCGGGAGAAGCUAUUAUUCUUGACAUUGAUGAAGAUGAGGUUAAGGAGAACGCCUUGAUUGAUGGCAACGGAAAGGACAUUGCAAGGAUAGAAAACGGAAAUUUGACAAUAAUAGAUGAGCGCUACAAAGAUAAUCUAACCGCCAAACGCUUCUCCUUCCACAUAAAAAGUACCGCCAUUGAGGGUAAAAAGAACUUUACUGCCAGUGUACUGUAUACAAAUGGAAGCCACUGUUCCCAGCACUAUAUGGUCACUGUCAAAGGCGGUGAGAUCUGUAGUGAAAUAAAGAAAAUUACAUUUACACUUGGCGACUAUUUCACACUAGACUUUGAUGCACCUGGAGUGGAGAACAUCACCUGGCUGUUCGGCAGUAAUAGAACCAUUGCUGUCACCAAAGACAAAGCAAAACUACAGAUUUUAGACAGUAAUUAUGAAGGAAGCUUGAGCGUCAUAAAUGCGUCCCUACGUAAAUACUGUGCAACCAAAGAGGACGUUGGAGACUAUACUGCCAGAGUAAUAUUCCACAAUGGCACCCGGUGCCAGCAAUACUAUUCUGUCACUGAACAGGAUUACAGAUGGUGGAUUUUUUUUCCAUUUAAUCUAGAUGUAAAAACACUAGCAUUAGCCAUAUUCAUAUUUGCAUUGGUUGGUUUAGGAAUAAAAAUUUAUCGGUUAAAGAGGAAGAAAACACAAGCAAAUAAGACCACACCGAGAAAUGACAAUAUAAUUAUCGAAAAAGAAAAUUCGCGUAAUCGUCUCGUAGAGGAAUACUGUCGGCGCAACUUCAUGUCACAGAGCCAACCAGUCUGAGGCGUUCAUUGCUGGUCCCAGUUCUCUCUCCUCACCCCCAGAACAUCUCCCUGUCCUCCUCCAGUAGUAUUUACAUUGUCCAUUCUUGUGGUGGACACAGUCAUGUAUGGCUGGCCUUGCUGUAAUGUGUAUGAGCACCUGGUUUGGGGCCACUAAACCGCCAGGAUGCCGGGGUCCCAGCAAAUGAAUUUUAAUUUACCUGGGAGAAGAGUCCAGUGAUGUCACUAUACCCAUGAAGCUGGGCAGUACACCUUCCUUCACUGUGCAUGUGCCUGACAUGCAGCUCAUGCGCUGUAAGGGAAGCUAGGUGUACUGCCCUUGACUGCAUCUGUGCCCCUGAUACCCCUAAAGGAGAAUCCUGGACUCUUCCCCAGUAUUUCCAUAUACAGUGAUCCCUCAAGUUACAAUAUUAAUUGGUUCCAGGACGACCAUUGUGUGUUGAAACCAUUGUAAGAUG